UUGUCGCUGUUUGGUCGGAAUAAUAGAAACAUGGCAGAAAAGAGUUUGUUGUUGUUAUGAAUGUAGACGAACGUGGUAUUAAUUUGUCAUUUAACCAAAAUGCCUUUUCCGGCAAGUGGAGGUGGUGCUUAUAUGCGUUAUACUCCUAAAAUUAUAAGAUUUGCAAGACAUGGGUGCACAAAUAGACCUUUCUUCCAUAUAGUUGUAAUGGAAAAACGGUUUAACCAGCACAGCCAAGUUAUUGAACAACUGGGGACGUAUGAUCCUCUUGGUAACCAGUAUAAUGAAAGAUUGGUAGCUUUGAAUUUCGAGAGAGUUCGCCAUUGGCUUGGCAGGGGUGCUGACACAUCUUACCCUGUCGCAGAACUAUUAGGACUCUGUGGUUUCUUUCCCAUCCACCCAAGGUGCUACAUGAGCGCGUGGAGGAAUCGCAAAGCUGCAGAAACUGAGGCUGCAGCACAAGAAGCUAAAUCUGAAGGACAGGAAAAGACCUAGUGGUACCAAGCACUUUAUUAAUAUCAGAUUGACUUUAUAGUUUAUAAUAAAACAUAGUACUUAAAAAUUAUGUGAUUUUUCUUUUGUCUUAAAAAUCUCAUCUUAAUGUGGCCUGAGGAAUAAGCAGUCUGUAUCACUCUGAUGAUGGAGGCAGUAUGUACCUCUGAAACGCCGCUAAACUUCUCAGAAGACAGCCAUUUUCAAUAAGCAGUUUGAUUUCAUUUAGUGAGUAUGGUUUACACUUGAAGUACUUGCAUUGUGACUUUAUGCUCGCAUUGCGAUGUCUGGAACCAGUGCUGGAAAUAAUUUUGUUUCAAUGCGAUCAUUAAAUUGCUUUGAAUGUCUUCAGCUAAUUGAAAAGUAGAUCAUAGUGAGGAAACUUACGGUUUUGAGAACAUUAAAGUCGCCAAUCUACCCAAAAAAGAAAAAAAAAGAAAAGAAAACCUGAUUCUUCUAAAUGGAGACGCUCGUGUUACGAUUGUUAUUGGCAAAAGGUCCGUGGGACCAUAUCAAAUGUUUCUGGUAGGUGUUCAGACAAUGGUAAUUUAUUUAUUUUUCUGGUCGGAAAUGUUGUGUGGGGAGAUGCAUUUUUAUGAUGCAAGAUCCGCUUGUCUGACCAAACAUUUUUUUUUUUAAAUGAACUGUCAUAAAUAUCUAAAGUGUUAUAACUUU